AUGAGGAUCUACUACAUGGAGGAGAGAAUGCAGCAGAGGUAUGGUGACGGCCAGGAUGUCUUCAGAACUAAUAUAGAGCUGCAGGUGGAUAUUGAGAAUUUGAAAAGAGAGUUGGCGGAUAAACAGGUUUUGGUUCAGAAGGCAGCCCUAGCUAUGGAGACCUUGACCGCCAAGCAUGAACAGGAAGAGCAGCUGAUGAGGAACCGUCUGCGGGGAGAUUGUCAGGAGGAGAUGAACCAGCUGCGGCACCAGUUAGAAUUAGCCAAUCAGAAGUGUGUGACAAGCUAUAAAGAUGUGGAAAAAGCUGAAAAACGAUUGGAAAUGCUGAACGUUCACCUGGAUGAUGUCCAGAUGGAGCUGACCGAUUCACGCAGAGUUAAUGAGGAGCUGACGGUAAAAGUGAAAAACACUGAAUCUGAGGUGCAGACACUGUCGGGACAGCUGACCCUGGCCGACCAGGUCAAGACCAAGUGUGAGAAAGAGAACCUGGCCUUGAUCCAGAAAGUGAAGGACCUGGAGGAGCAGCUGCAGGAUGCUCUUAAGGGCUUCGCACGGAAAGACAGGGACUUGCUGGAUGAACUGGAUGACCAGAAGGCUGCUAUUGCCAAGAAAGAUGGGAAGAUAGCAGAGUUGGAGGAGAAGCUGAAGACAAAGGAUACAAAAAUUGGGGAUCUUGAGGCGGCUGUAAAAUAUUUGGAGAACAAAUACAAGGACACAGAGGAAGCUCUUGGACAUUUGGAAAAGGAAGCAGAGAGGAAGGACACACAGCUGGGCCGGUACAAGAAAAGUAUUGAGGGCCUGGUCAAAUCUCUUCAGAUGAAGGAUGAAGAGUGUAAAGAGCAGAAAAAACAAUUAGCGGCGACUCGAGAGGAGGUGAGCCAUCUUCAGGAUGCUCUGAAGGAAGCCGAACUCCAGAAAGCACAGGCACUAGAUAAUAUUGCCAGUCAGCUAGUGGAGGCCCAGACCAACUGCGAAAGACUGCUGCACCAACUGACUGAAGCCAAUGAGACGUCUGAGAACCUGGUGAAGUCUCUGGGCAAGAAGGAAGGGGAGCUGGCUGGCUUCCAGGAGCGGCUGUCCACAGCCAUUGAUGCACUGACCAAGAGCGAGGAAGCAGUUGAGGCCUUACAAGCACAGCUGAGAGGAGAGAGAGCAGACUUUGACAACAGACUGAAGGAGCAGGCAGUCCACUUCCAGAUAUCAGUGAACAACAAAUCAGAGCAUGGCGGCGAGCUGGAAGGACUCCGCCAGCAAAUUGUUGAUCUACAGAAGCUAAUUGCUAGUCAGAACGUGGAGUUGUUGGGCCUGACCCGAGACAGAGAUGUGGUGGGAGAUCUACAGGAUAGGCUCAAAGAGAAGGGUGCAGAAAUCGAGCUGAUGUCUACAGAACACAAGAGAGAGCUGUUUGAACUUGAGAGAGAACUGCAGGCCUUGAGAGUGGCACUCACUGGCAAGGACAUGCAGAUUGAGACCAUGGAGAAGCACACAGCAUGGUUGAACGACCAUCAGAGAGAAACUGUUGAGAGGAUGAGGGAGACUUUGAGCGGUCUUGGUGGCGUUGAUGUGCAGGAGCUGUCACAUAACCUGCUGCAGGAUAUCAAGAUGUUGAUGGAUUUGUUGAGGCAGGAGAUCAGUUCUCUGGCUACCUUACAGCUACCACUGAGGGAUUUGGACCAGUCUGGGCAUGGAAUCAAUACCGAGGCACUGUCCACUGAGAUAUUGUCAGUACAGAGGAUUUAUAGGAAGCUGGAGGAGGGAGUGGAAAAGAACAGCCGUCUGCACCAAGCUCUUCUGAACUCUGCCAGAGGAGAGCAUAGACAGUCUGACAGUCCUGACAAUAACAGUUGCCAAGACGGGGGCUACAAUCUUGGAUCCUCACAACACCAGGCUAAACAAGCCAGCACGUCUGCCUCACCCGAGAGGAGGGCCGGUGUGUGCCUAUCCCCUCAGCAGAAGUCUGCUAAAAGAGGGACAGCCGCAGUGCUGUCUGAGUCUGUGUCUUCCUUGGAGAGUGACUGGGGUUCUCCACCAGCCAGCCACUCAGUGGCUGUAGAAACCUGUCCUGAGCUCAUUGACAGAUCUCUGCAGACAGGCACUAGUUUCUGCCACACCGACCAGUGGGUGCAGACCUCACCCAUGAUUGCCGUUGGCGCAGCCGGACUGAGUCCAGGAGACCAGAGGCUGCCUGGAGCGGGAAAUGAGGUGCUUUCGGUGUCAAUUGGGCUGAGCCCAAUGUGUAAAAGCAGACUCAUGUUCUUUGACUCAGAUGAUGAUUUGAGGCGGCAUUACGUCUUUGGACACCACAAUGACAGCUUGACCGAUGAUGCCAAAGAAGAGCAUCUUGGACUGUAUGCUGAGAAUUUGGAAGACUACCAAAACUUUCAACAUGGGGUUUUCUUUGACGAGCACCAUCUGGACUCACACAGAUACGACCAGGGCUCUGUUUUGAUGUCCAGUUCACAACAGGUUCCUUCUUCACGCACAAGUGCUGCUUCUGCUGCUGCUGCACCCAUCCUGGGGAGAAGUGGUCGGGAUGGUAGUGUUGCGGCUCGUUCUUUGGACAGAACUGGCAACCAGAAUCCUAGAUAUUCAUUAGGCAAUCUGAAUCCUCCAGGAUAUAUCUCAGAUCUAGAUGAACCUGACGGCAGUUUUGGUACAACAGUAUCAAGUGCUAAAUUUGGACAUGUGUCUCCUGGUGCCAGUGAUAAACCCAGUUGUAUCGUUGAGAACAGUGAUUCACAAAUGACAAUGACACAAAGAAAUGGUCUUUUGUGUGGUAGCGGAGUGUCCAGAGUCAGUUCAGCCUUGUUGUCAAAUAGAACCGAUGAUGGUGGCUCAGGUGAUGGAACACUUUCCAAGACAGACAAGACAUUGGUAUUUUCUGAUGCCAGUCUGUUGGCUCCAGCUGACAAAUCUGGGAAAGACCGUGUCGACGCAGAGGGAGGCAAAAAUGUAGCAGAAAAACACGAAGACAGUAAUAAUGUACAGACACCAGAAAAAGAUGGAGAGAGUGUGGAUAGAGGAAUGCUGCUGUGGAGUGGGAAAGGACAAUCAGUGGAGACAGCAGUAAGAGACAGAAGUCGAAGAAACAGUUGGGCGGAGGAGUUGGAGAAGUAUAGAGUGCAGAAUAGCAAGAAAGUCCCUGAUCAGCAGAUAAAUCACUCCAGAAAUCAGGAUAGUUGUAGCCUUGAUCAAGCUCCUGCUGGAGAAUCAAUGUCCACUUGUGACCUGAAGAACCUGGUUAAAGAGCUGCAGGCGGACCUGGUGGUCACUGUCACCCAGAACCAGGAGCUGCGCAAACAGCUGGAGGCAGCCAACUCUGAUAGCCACUAUAACUAUGUUGAAUUUGUCUACUUGCAGAAUCGUAAAAGCCGGAUCCCUCGACCCUGUGGCGGCAGCAGCAGUGGUCACUCACCACACAGUGGUUAUCCUGUCAACAGUGUGGCUGAAAACACACAGGGGACAGAAUCUCAGUUUGGCUUGACUUUAGAAUGCCAAAACCAAGAGUUGCACAACUUGCCAGAUAGUCAUUCACAGCUGAAUACUGUAAGAUUAGAUGUUGACAGGACAAAGAGCACACCAAACACCAGAGCUGUUGCUGACGAUACAGCUGGUCAACUCAGCGGUUUUCAUGAUCAGGUCAAAUAUCUUGAGGAAAAGCUCCAAGCCUCAGAGGAAACUGUGCAGCUGUUAUCACAGAAGAACCAAGAGUAUUUGUCUGUCUUGGGUGCAGCUGGUAUAUCUAUCCAGCAGAUGAAUCGAUCCAACAGUGAGACUUGUCUGGAUGCCAAGUCUGCUGCAUCAGGUGGGCGCAGGACAUCCUCUUCAGGAGAUUUGAGCACGUGGAUGUCUACCGGACAGCAGAAUUGCCAAAAUGUCAAGCAGAUUUCUUUGAGCAACAGCAGGAUAACCUGCAGCACAACUUUCUGUCCAGACGCUGUUGACUCCAUAGAGACAGCCCGCUCCCAUUUUCCAAGCACUUAUAGCCAAUCUGGCAAUGAUAGCUGCUACUCUGUGCCUGCCAGCGUCGUGGCAACCAUGUCAGGGACGCAGACCCAGUCGCCAGAUUCGACAACCAGGCAUCUGGAAGACACCCUCCUUGAUCCAUCCGAUAGUACAGUGCGGACACAAAAUAAAUCCAGUCCCAAUUUCAAUUUGCCAGUUUGUUUCAACAAUUUGUCACAAAAGACUGGCCCUGUUGAAGUCACCUAUACUGAUCAUACUGCAAGUACAGAUUCAGCAUCAGCCCUCUCAGUGAGCUUGAAAAUUAACUCAGAGGCUUCCCCUGAUCUCCAAGAUGAUCCUUCUUCACCUGGUAGAACCGAUCAAUCCCCACCUGGCAGAACUGGACAGUCCCCACGUAGCAGAAUUGGUCAGUCCUCACACGGGUACAGCGGUCAAAGACAAGCCGGUGGUCAGAGAUCCCCAUGGCAGGGUCAUCCAAAGCAGGCCAUUGAUGCUAGUGUGCUGGACUGCUCUGGGUUCCCUGAUGUGACCUACUCCAGCAUGCUGGACAACACCACGGUCAACAGGCUGCUGGCCAACCUGGACCAGAACAUGUCUGCCAUCAGGGAGGAUUCUUCUAGUGUCUCCAGUCUCAGCAUGGAGCAGCUUCAGCUUCGUGUGGAGCAUCUGGAACGAGUCAGUCUGACCCUGAGAGAGGAGAUCGAAGUCUACGAAGCCCUGCACCGCUCACAGGGCACGCAGGUUUCUCCUUCUCUCGGUGAAGAGUGUGCUGGCGAGGGCUAUGGACAGGAGAGAAAUGGGACGGAAGAAGACCUGCUGAAGCAGCAUCUGAUUGAGAUCAGGAAGCUGCGGCAGCGGCUGGAGAGACUGGAUGUCACUAAAGAUCCAGAUCAGCUGCUGAUCUUUCAGUCUCACACCCAGCAGAGGAUAGCCAGACAAGAGACGAUGAUAUCGCACCUGCAGCAGCAGAUGGUGGAGAAAGAGGAGAAGUGGCAGCGGGACUUGGCUGAGAUGCAGCACAAGAUCUCCCGGGAAAAAGCUCUGCUCGUGGAGAAGCUGGAGGUGAAUGUAGCCGACCUCCAGAAGACGGUGAAGAGCCAGGUCAUGAAGAUUGAAGAUCAGGAUCGACAGAUUAUAGAUCUGCUGACGGAGUUAAAUAUGAAGGAAGAGUUUGAAAGAAAGAAGGAGGAUGAGUUAAAGAAAGUUAUGAGUGAGAAGUCAGAGCUGGAAGUGGAUUUGUUGAAGCGGGAUAAGGAAUUUUUGGACAUUGAGAAGAAGUUGUUCAGGCUGGAAAUGGCCAAAGAAAAUAGCGAGUCUGAAUGUAGGAGGCUGUACUGUGAGAUCGAGGAGAGGGAUCAGGAGAAUGAACAGAUGAGGAAGCAGAUUGAGGAGGGUAGGGAAAGUUCCAGAUGUCUGAAAGAAACAGUGGUCAAGUGUGAGAAGUCCCUGCAAGAAAAGGUUCAUUCCCUGCAGAAACUGAACAUUGAGAAGGCAGCUUCUGUUGUAAGGCUUGCUGAGAAAGAUGGGCAGAUAAAGAAAUUAGAGGCGGAGCUUGGGGUUUUGAGAAAAGAAGUUGAUAAAAUGGAGUUGGAGAUUGAAGAGAAGGCAGGGCUUAGAGUGGAAAUUGACAGACUAAGGGAGGAGCUAAAGAAGAAAGAAAGCCUUGAGGCAAAAUACGAAUUCCAAAAAGUGGGUUACCAGUCAGAGAUUGAGAGAGUAACAGAGGAAAAUAAUCAAAUGAAGGCUCAGUUGGAAUACAAGAAUCAGAUGAGAGCACAGUUAGAAUCAAAGAUUGAAGAAGCAGCUGAACUCAGACAUAGAAUAGAUGGUUUACAACAGGAACUGAAGGGGAAAGAACAACUGGAGGACCAUAUCAGGUCACUUCAAGAAAAGAUACGAUCCUUAGAAGACAGAAUUGACAUUUUGAAUUCCGAGCUGGACUCAAAGACUGCGGUAGAGGCAGAGCUCAGGGAAAGACUGAAUACUUUAUGCAGUGCUCAGUCUGAAGUUAUUGUUCUGAAAGAAAAACUUGCGAGUGCUGGGGAGAGUGUCAGACUUGUAGAGGAUGCAAAGAAGAAGGUGGCAGAAGAUCUGAGGGAGAGAGAGGAGAAAAUUAAGAAGAGAGAUAAGCAGCUUCAUCAUCUCCUUGGCCAGUACAAGAAGCUGGACACAGCUUUCACCAAGCAGAAGUACCUGUUGAGUGAGAAGCUGGAGCUGGUACAGAGCCUGAAGAAACAGAUGCAUCUCUAUGAAGUCACCCUGACAUGUGCUAGUCAGGAAGAGAAGGACAAUAUCAUGAAACAGCUGCUGAAGGAGCUAAUUGCUACACAAAGGCAGGUGGAGGAGCUGCUGUCAAGGCUGGAGCAGAAUUCAGCGGCACCCAAAAUAACUUCUGUUUUUGUUGAUGGGUUUAGCAUGUCCUCUUCAUCAGUCACCACAUGCACCACCACAACUACUGUGGGAAGUAGUCAUCAUGAUCUACCAAACCUGGCUACGACGACCGUCCCGACCAGAGAGGAUACUGCAGAAAAACUAUUGGAUGACCUGAACUUCAGCGAUAGUGACCUCAACCAAGAACUUCGUCCCUACUCAGCCUUGACCCAGAUGUCCACCAACCACUUGUCUCCGCACCGGUCAGUACUGUCCAGCCAGAGCACAUCACCCAACCGCUCACCCAGACCACUCAAGUACUUUGCUGGCAGUGACUGUGCUAUGCCUAAAGCAGGAACAAUGCCUCAAGCCAUGGUCAGCUCAGACAUCCGCAGCCUCUUUGCCAUACUAAAGCUGGACUCCCACGAGAAGCUGCGCAAGGAGACGGCAGAGUGUCUGGUGGUCCUCAGUGGCUUGGAGGCCAGGCUUGGGAGCCGGCUGAAGCUGUACAAGACUAAGACUGUCUCAGAGAGUAUGGACUACAGCACGCUUAGAGAAGCCUCUAUGUCCUGCCAGAACCUACGCCUGUGCUUGGAGGAAGCGAAACGUCUGAUCGCCACAGCUUGGAUUUCAGAGUUACCCCCCAUUGAUGCAAGAGGACAUUUUUACGACCCGGUAUUGGUUGAACAAAAUGAGCACCUGAAACGUCAGCUGGCCCAGCUGAGCUCCCACUGUGAUGUGCUGGAUCACUGCAGGAAAGAGCAGCCAGGCAGGAGCCCUCACACAGAGAGCAGCAGCAGCAGCAACAGGUCUUGGGAGAACUCCCUCUAUAAGCAGUUGCAUAAGACUAGUAAGGAUUUGGAGCAAGCCAAGGAGAACAUUGACACCUCUGUGGAGCUUACAUCCCCACACAGAUACCAGAGCUUCAGUCACUCCAGUCCACAGAAGCCUGCCCGCAGGCGGCUGGAGGAUACACUGUAG